AUGAAUAUGUCUCUGACUAUCAGAAACACAACUCUAUCUGAUGAAGGAACCUACUUUUGUUGUAUGAAAAGCACUUUUGAGAUUGUGUUUUCGAGUGGAACAUUUUUGGCUCUUAAAGGUUUCAGAGACAACUUUUUGCAGUCUGAAGCAAUACAUGACGAUUCAGCAGUGGUUCAGCCCAGUGAUCAGAGUACUGAAGCUGAGAUGCUGAAUUAUGCAGCCCUGAGUUUCUCCAUGAGAAAAGCCCAGAAAGGAAGAAAGAAGAACAAGCUCCCUCAAGAGUAUUUGUACUCUGAUGUGGCACAAGCUAUGAGUGUUUAUCAGACAAGUACAGUGAUUUCUGCUCAGCUCGGUGAUGCUGUGACUCUUCACUGCUUUUUCCCAGAAGAAACCAGCAAUGACCAGUUAUUUUGGUACAAACAAAGAGUGGGAAACAAGCCUCAAGUUGUGGUGGUGACAAAUCAAGUUAUGAAUCCCUUGUUUUAUAAGGAGUUCGAGGACUCACGUUUCAGAUUAAACAAAACAAAGAAAAGCAUGUCUUUGACAAUCGGAAAAACAGUUCCAUCAGAUGAAGCAAUGUACUUCUGUGCAAAAAGAUCCCUGUAUGAGACUGAGUUUUCUAAUGGAACAUUUCUGGCUGUGAAAGGCGAUCAUCAAUCCAGCUACAUAUCAGUUCAACAAAUUUCGAUGUCUGGGUCAUUUUAUCCAGGAGACUCAGUGACUCUGCAGUGUACCGUACUCACUGAGAGAAGUUCAGCAGAACUCAGUGUGUUUUGGUUCAGACCCACCUCAUAUGAAUCUCGUCCAGUAAUGAUUUACACCUAUAAAAACAGGAGUGAUCAGUGUGAGAGUGGUUCUCCUAGACAGAGCUGUGUCUACAAUCUCUACAAGAACAGUCUCAGUCUCUCCGAUGCUGGUACUUACUAUUGUGCUGUGGCCACUCUUGGAAAGAUAGUAAUAGGGGAUGGAGCUAUGUUGAACAUUGAGAAAGGACAAGAGGGAAACUGGUCAACUCACUUGCCCAAGGGUACACUCAGCAAUACUGUUGAUUUGUGGCUGCAGAAAGCAAGUGAAGAUUGA